AUGGCCGGCCCCAAUCUUGAGGUGUUCAAGUUCUCCAUGUACCUCUUCAUUCCCAUCUUUGCGCUGGUGCACUUUGGGGACCCCGAAUGGUACCACAACCAUGUCCUUCCGUACAGAGCAAAGCUCUUCCCGCCAGAGGAGAAGACAAACAUUCUCUUCCCCAAGGACCAGACUGGCAUUCGCGAAGAACUCGAGCGCUUAAAGGCAGAGCGGAAGGCCAAGACGGAGAGUCGCAAAGACCAAACACAGGAUGCAUGA